CCUCCAUGGACGCUGGCAACUUGCACGGCUGAAGCAAACCUGGGUUCCGCCCGCCGGUAGACACCCCCCUGAUUGUUUACUUUUGGUCGCGUUGAAUUGCUUCCCCCAACCGCCACAGCCCCUCCUCCCGACUCGCCCACGCCCACGCCCACGCCCACGCCUCCAGGACCGAACCUUCGACCCCCUUUACCCAGCCCCUCGCUUCCGAUAUCGCCAGUCAUGUUGAUGGGUGUUUGACCGCAUAAAUCAUUUUUGACUCCGGUUACUCGAUUACCCCUGUCAUUCAUUCUCGACGGCCCCGCUGCCGUGUCUCCACCACAACAAACAAUCGAGCCGGUACCUAGAUUUGCCAACCCUCAAUAAAAGAGUGCCCUCCCAGCUGCGCAGGCACCAGAUCACACCAUGCCGAUCCUUCGCCCCGGUAGACUGAAAAGCAUCCUCUCGGCCACGGGUGCCCUCCUGCUCAUCUGCACCGUAUAUGUGUAUUGGACUCCGCCCCCGGCCUCAGUAGUUCCCAGCACUGCCUUCGAGGUCCCUCUCGCAGAACGCCAGAAUGCCUUCUGGAAGGCCUUGCACCCGAUCCUGCAGGAGCACUCGCCGCGCUGCCCGGCCCCCAAGCGGCAAGCCGAUGUGAAUGCGAUCCACUUCAACGCCACCACGACCGACCCGCGCCCGGACUUGACGAUCAUCGAUGAUACAGACCUGUUGGCGAUGGAAGAGGCGCAUGCCGGCUACCUCGACGGGUGUCGCACUUCGGAACGCCUGCGGCCAGUUCACACCCCGGGCACGCGGGGUAUCGUCUCGACGGCGGGGGCCUCCUAUUUCCCCGUGUUCCUGUCGUCCCUCCGGAUGCUCCGUCGGUUAGGGUCGACGUUGCCAGUGGAGGUUUAUAUGAAGGACAAGAGUGAAUACGAGAAGGAGAUCUGCGAUGAUAUCCUCCCUGGCCUAGGGGCACGCUGUCUGGUGCUUUCCGACAUCGUGGGCAAGGGGGCGAUUGAGCAUUACCAACUCAAGAUCUUUGCCGUCCUGUUCUCGUCUUUCGAGGAAGUUAUUUGGAUGGACGCGGACUGCUUCCCGUUGCACAAGCCCGAACUCCUGCUGGAGGCGGAGCCGUUCACGUCCAAGGGGUUGGUCACCUGGCCGGAUUUCUGGAUCUCAUCAGCCUCCCCCCUCUACUUCAACAUCUCUCGCCAGGAAAUGCCCCCUCUGUCGGAGCACGCAUCCUCUGAAGCCGGGAUCUUCCUGGUCUCGAAAAAGACCCAUCAGCUGACGUUGCUCCUUGCGGCGUACUACAACUUUUAUGGUCCGUCGCAUUACUUCCGGCUGUUGUCGCAAGGGGCUCCCGGCGAGGGGGACAAGGAAACUUUCCUCCAGGCUGCCACGGCAGUGGGAGAGCCUUACUAUGCCGUCAGUGAGCGCGUUCAAGCGGUGGGUCACACGAAGCCGGGCGGGAUUGCCGGCUCCGCCAUGGUGCAGACCGAUCCGACGGAGGACUAUGCUCUGACCAGCGCGGGCAAAUGGCGCGUGAAGGAUCCUUCCGUGGCCAAGCCGCCCCGGGCCUUCUUCAUCCACGCCAACUACCCCAAGUUCAACCCGGCCGAGAAGGUGUUCGGGAUGAAGUGGGAAACGACCCCCACGCUGCGCCCCGACGGCACGGACGGGCGGGCGUGGCUGGUGGCGGUGGAGACGGUCAAGCGGUUCGGAUACGACGUGGAGAAGGCGUACUGGGAGGAGAUCAAGAACAUCAGCUGCGACGAUGCGAUCAGCUUCCGGACGUGGGAGCGCAAAGACGAGGUGUGCGACCAGGUGCGCAGCUACUGGGCGAAUGUGUUCGCGGAGCCGCACGAUGACGACCCCAAAUUUUCGGACGAGUGAACGGAUUGGGAGCGUAUCCGAAGCAAUUACGACAUGCUGUUUAUGAACGAGACGGUUGAUUGUCCGCUGUAUUAUACCUUCUGUUCCUGCUUAUACUUUACCAUAUUUGUAUAAUAAACAUAGACAUUCAUAAGCAUCCGUCG